AGGAGCCAGCAUUCUCAGGACUAGUGUUCUCAGAACUCCAGGAAGAGUGUGGAGGGAGUGAGCAGCCCCCAGGCCUGUGAGCACCUGACCCUGCAUACUGAGAGGAGCCCUGAGCUGAGAUGCAGCCCUGGUGCGUGGGCAUCAGCACCCUCCUGCUCUCAGCCCUGCUUCCCUGGCCAGGCACAGGGCAAUUCCAUGUGAUAGGCCCAGGAGCACCGGUCAUUGCUUUAAUUGGGAAAGAAGCUGUGCUGCCCUGUCACCUCAGCCCAGUGAUGGAUGCUGAGGACAUGGACGUUUCAUGGUACAGAAGCCAUCCUACAGGUCAGGUGCAUCACUACAGUACUUCCCAAGAUCUUAUUGAACAUCAGAGGCACGAGUAUAGAGGGAGGACAGAGUUCCUGAAGGAGAACAUCACCAAAGGGCAAGUGGCCCUGCGGAUCCAUCCCAUCCUCCCUUCGGAUGCUGGGGAGUACAGAUGUUUCUUUGCAAGCUCCACGUUCUACAAUGAAGCUCAAUUCAAAAUAUUAGUUACAGGUUCCGGCACAGCUCCUCAGAUUUACAUUGAGCCUGGUUAUACUGGAGAGAUGAAGCUGACCUGUACAUCCACUGGCUGGUACCCAGAGCCUGAGGUGCAAUGGAGGGAUGUUCGAGGACAGCGUUUGACAUCAGCCUCUGAGACCAAGACAGCAGCAGAGAAUGGCCUGUUUCAUGUGGAAACAUCUAUCACUGUAGACACCAGGUCAAGAGAUGGGUCCUGUACCAUAAGGAACCCAGUCCUCAGAGAGGAGAAGGAAGCACAGUUUUCCUUAUCAGAUGCCGUGUUCCCCAGGCUCUGGCCCUGGAUCGUGGGAUUUGCUGUGCCCCUGUGUCUCCUGGCUGCUGGCACAACCUUCAGUGUUCUCUUUGUUUGUACUAAAAGGAGAAAACGAUUGAUCAAGAAACAAUAUGGUAAGUUGUUUUGGAUCUAACGCUGUAAAUCUCAAGCAUAA